AACAUUCUCAUGCACUUUUUCCUCUAGCCAUUGCUGAUAUAUGCAGUGAUCUUUUUGUUUUCUUGCCCAUGCGCACCUGUUGUCAAAAAAGGGGGGCGUGGCACCAUAACAACCCCGACUGCAUAGGAGGAGAAGCCUAGAGUCAUGUCGCUAACAGCGGUGACUUCUUUCGUAUCUGUCAUUAGAGAGAAGACUGUGUUUGUCCUGCGGCUGAACGUGCGGGGCAGUCAGCGAGUGGCCGUUCCUAUCGUCAUCAUAGUUUGCUGCGUGCUGGCCGUUGGGUUUUUCGUUGCUGCAGGAGCCACGGAAGAAUUGGUCAAGAUAAAGCUAACACUGAAUGCCACGGGCGAUGACAAAGGGGAUCUGCACUUCAGUCUGUUCCGAGGAGGGCACAGCAUCAGUCCGCGGAUAUCCAGCUCAGCCGUCGAACCAGACACCAACAGCUACCUCAUUUAUGAUGUGUACGAAAGGGGAGACAUAAUUGGUGUGUAUGCAACGACUGUGGCACUGGGGCUGACCAUCAUGCUGUGUGGCAUCACUGCUGCCUUUGCCUUCUUCAACACAUUUGGCACCUAUAGAAGCUGGCUCUAUGGUCCCCCUAUGGUCUACAUCCUCUCUCUGGUUACUGCUUUCAUGGCGGCACUUUCAAUUGCAAUGAUGAGUGAUUACUACCUCUGGGAGUUGGACUCCAACUCUGGCAGCCUCCUGAGGGCCAGUCUUCCCUUCACUCUGGACUACCUGGCUGAUAUCUACUCCUCAGAGCCCUCAUUUGGAUACUCCUUCUGGCUCCUCUGUGGAGGGAGUGUGUUUCCACUGCUCUCCUUCCUGUUGUCGUGGCGUCUGCUGGCUCUGCUGGACAUCCGCCGAGACGAAGACGUCCACCCAACAUCGGCCAGCUCCUCGGCUCUGGAGAUGACCGAGAGAAACAACAUGCCCCCAGCCCAAAUAUACUACUAACAGUUUUAGACUCGUUUUUUAAACCAGCAGACACCAUUAGUCUAAUAUGGUCAUAACAUUAUUAUUAUAAUAGCACAAGAAGUCAGUAGUGAUUGCAAAACAAAAAUAAAAAGUCAUUUGACAAAGAAGCAAAAUGGUGAUACAUUGACAAAAUAUGUCAAAUCAAUGGAACAACAAAGAUUUCCAACUGGUGUCCAAAUCGUACCUAUUAUUAUAUCAUACAACAUACAAACAAAACAUUUCUCUCAUCCAAACAAUGGUGAAAAAACAACAAUGAUAAACAAACAAACAAACAAGAUGCGCAUUGUAUUAUGUCGGAGUUAGGAUUUGAUUGGAGGGGGUGGAGCUGGGUGGGUGUGGCCA